AUAAAAUUAACCAUGUGUUUGUUUUAAAAUUUUUUUUCACUAAAUUUUUUAUAAAACGAGAGUUUAAAUUUUUCUUUUUAUAAUUUAGAAAACUAUUUGAAAAAGAAAUCCAAAAUGGCAGAGAGAACCCACCUCCAACAGGAGCGUUACAAGGAACACAGAAAAAAUGUAAUGCAUGCAGAAAAGAGAAUAAAAACUGAUCCCCCUAGACUAAAGGCUGAUUUAUAUAUAUCAAAUGGAAUAUUGAAUGCUGCACAAGCCAGGCUUAGGGAUGUUGAGCAAGCUAAUAGAGCGCUCGUCACUAAAAUUAACUAUAUCAUCAGGACUAAGGGAAUCGUUGAUUGCCACGAGGGAUCAUUCAUAAGAGAGAGCAACUACAAAAGUAGAGUAAUAAAUAACUUAAUGACUGAAAGAGCAAACAGAGAACUCUAUGACUUGAUUACAACAAUUGGUUCUAAAUACUCAAAGAAAUCACAAAUGGAUAGUUUUAAUGACAGAAAAAAUACUUUGCUUUUUAUUUCAAGACAUCCAGAAAUAUAUAAAAAUGAACUUCUUGACCCUCUAGAAAAGUGGUCCAUAUUACCUGAGAAAAAUAAUUCUGAAAUAACAAGAUGUAACCCGCAAAAGAGAACUAGAUGUUUUUUAGAUUUUGAAAUAUUAAAUGAACGAAAACUAGGAAGGAUGUACAUAGAAAUAUAUAAUGAUUUUGUACCAAUCGCUGGAGAUAAUUUUUUGAGAUUUGUUCGAGGUGAAAAAGGAAAAGGAUACAAAAAUACAAAACUGUACAUCAUUAUGCCAGGAAUAGGAUUCCUAGGAGGAGAUGUAGAUCAUGCUAAUGGAGCCAGUCCCCGUUCUGCAUAUGGGAAACCUUUUGCAAGUGAAAAUUACUUCUUACAAUUUAAUGGACCAGGUGUAAUUGCAUCAUUCACACUUUACCCAAACGUUAACUUUUGUCAGUUUUUUGUGGCAUUUCAAAAACUUUCUUUCUUACAAAACCAAUAUGUUGUUAUUGGAAGAGUGAUUAAGAACUUGAGGACUCUAGAAAUGAUAGAAGAAUUUGGAACAAAAUCAGGUACCCCUCGGAAACCUAUUACAAUAACAAAUUGUGGAAUAUUUACAAAGAAAUAAAUGAUUAUAGAAGUGAAUCUUUGACAGGAGAAGAAGUAAUUUCUAUGAAUGUACUUGGGGCAAGAACUUUAUCUGGAGUACCCUGAAAAUAAAUAUAUAAGUUUCAUAAUUGUGAAUGGAUAUAAAUAAUUUUAAGGAAAC